AUGUACCGGAAUCCAUUCGCGGGCUACGUACCGGAAUGUGGUUGUUGGUUUUUGGGUCCUACUUCACAAAGAAAUCUUCUCCCUCAAGUUGAUCUUAAAGUUCAUUCCACCAUUCUCUCCGCCUCUUCUAGAACCACGUUGACUCAGACCUUUAUUAAUCCAACGCCAGGAGAACUGAAAGAUGUCAAGUACACUUUCCCUCUGGUUGAUGGCGUCAGUGCCGUGGAAUUCACAUGCGAGAUCGGAAAUCGAGUAAUACGUGGGAUCGUCAAGGAACGUGAGGAGGCGAAGGCGGAAUACCAAGAGGCCCUGAAGAAAGGGCAGAGAGCCGCCCUACUGGAACAAUCAGUCGCCGCGUCUGACACCUUUACCAGUAGCAUCGGAAGAAUCCCAGUGGAUUCAAAAGCGGUUGUGACGAUUACCUAUCUGGGCGAAUUGCAACACGAUGCUCAGGCUGACGGCAUCCGAUUCAGCAUUCCAAGCAUCAUCUGUCCCCGCUACGGCAUUAAUUUUGUCGAACCCCAUGAACGGAACGAGUUCUUGGUCGACCUUGUGCGGAAAGGCGCCAUUAACAUCACUGUGGAUGUUUCAGUGGAUCAAGGGUCGAUCAUCCGGAGACUCCAAUCUCCGAGUCAUCCAAUAGCGAUCACGCUAGGCCGGACAUCAGUUACUUCGCAAGAUGUAUUUGAAACAAACCUCGCUUCUGCAACGCUCACAAUACAGCAAGAGAAUGUCUUUCUCGACAAAGACUUUGUGCUGAUUGUCAACACAAAGGACCAGGAUAUUCCAAGUGGUUUCCUGGAAACACAUCCGAGCAUCCCUAACCAGCGAGCGCUUAUGGCAACUCUCGUUCCGAAAUUCAACAUCCCACCUAUUAGCCCGGAAAUUGUGUUUAUAAUCGAUCGAAGCGGGAGCAUGGAUGGAAAGAUUGGUACACUUCAAGCAGCAUUGAGAGUUUUUCUCAAGUCGCUUCCGGUUGGUGUCACGUUUAACAUCUGUUCUUUUGGCUCUUCGUACUCCUUCAUGUGGAAGAAGAGUCGGAGCUACGAUGAUUCCUCCCUCAAGGCAGCGUUGAAAUACGUAGAUUCAGUGGCUGCUGAUUUUGGAGGAACAGAAAUGCUCAAGCCAGUUAAGGCCACGGUGGAGAACCGGUUCAAGGAUUUGGAUUUGGAAGUUCUGCUGCUCACUGAUGGAGCCAUUUGGGACCAGGAAACACUCUUUAAGUACAUUCACAAGGCAGCGUCGGAUAAACCUAUUCGCUUCUUUACUCUGGGCAUCGGGGAUGGUGCUUCUCACUCCCUCAUCGAGGGCAUCGCAAAAGCUGGGAAUGGGUUCGCUCAAUUUGUCAAUGACAAUGAACCACUCGAUAGAAAAGUGGUUCGCAUGCUCAAAGGAGCACUGACUCCACAUAUUAAAGACUAUACUGCUGAAGUGGCGUUUGAGAGUGAUGAUAGCGAGGAAUUCGAGAUUAUCGAAAAAUCGAAUGAAACUCCCACUGGAGACAACUUUCGUCUACCGCAAAGACCUUCUGGAGACACCAUGGACGUGGAUUCCCAGGGACAGGAUACGAAGGAGCCAAUCUCUUUGUUUGACCCUUCUUACAAGGAACCUGCUAUCCAGUCGUACAGCGUCCCAGUUGAUGCAAAUCUUCCUAAGCUUCAGUCUCCCAAGCUGCUCCAAGCACCGUACAAAAUACCCUCUCUCUACCCAUUCAAUAGAACCACAGUUUAUUUUCUACUUUCGCCGGAUGCUCCUAGUUCAACACCUAAAGCACUGAUUCUCAAGGGCAACUCAAAGCAUGGUCCUUUAAUGUUGAGAAUCCCAAUUGAAGAUGUUGGCCAGGGAUUAAAUAUCCAUCAACUGGCCGCCCGGAAGAUAACGCGCGAGCUAGAAGACGGUCGAGGCUGGAUAUACCAUGCGAAGAACUCGAAGGGACAAUUGAUAAUGGACGAGAAUGCAAGCAAAAAGGAUGCUAUUGUGAAACGAGAGGCAGUCCGUCUUGGACUUCAGUUCCAAGUCUCUGGGAAAUAUUGCUCCUUCGUUGCCGUUGAGUCGACCAGUGAUGGGGAAGCGGCAUGUCCAAAGAAAGACACGGUGUUAACCCCAGACGACAUUGACUACCGGUUUCCACCGGAUAAGGAAUAUAAUAAAAUUAGGGCAUGCGCUCAGAAUACCUACAAUUAUUCAGUACUCCAGGGACAAGUCCAAGUGCACGGUGGUGGUUUGCUAGGUGCUGUUGGUUCUGUUGGCUCUGCUCCUCGUGGUGGAGGCAU